GCGCGAGAGCUUCGUCCAAACCUCAGCGACGCGUGGACUUUUACUUUUAGACUAAAUCUCUUCAACACACUCGAAGCUACUUUGCUUUAUUUAUCAUAUUUGUACUUUCAUUUAAAAACGGGCGCGCGCGUGUGUGCGCGUGCAUAUGUAUGUGUAGCCUAGCCAAAACUCUCCCUGUGUGUGUGUGUGAGAGACAGAGAGUCCCAGUGUCCGGAAGUUGUGAGGGACAAAAGUGAGAAAGGCGUGAAAAGAAAAGAAGGAGCUGCAUGAAACUUGAUGUUUUAAACAGGAGAGAAGAUUCGUCGUUAUUCGUCACCGUGUACCGCGCGCGUGUGUGUGUGUACCGUGUACUGUGUACCGUGUACUGUGUACCGUGUACCGUGUAUUAAUUCAUCGAUGGGUCUGCCGACGCUGGAGUUCAGUGAUUCUUUCCUGGACAGUCCUGAGUUCAGAGACAGACUUCAGUGUCAUGAGAUCGAGCUGGAGCGAACCAACAGGUUCAUCAAAGACCUGAUUAAAGAUGGAAACAUGCUCAUAUCUGCACUCACGAGUCUGUCUCUUGCUGUUCAGCGCUUCUCUCAGUCUCUGCAGGAGUUUCAGUUUGAAUGCAUCGGAGAAGCAGAGACGGACGAUGAAGUCAAUAUAGCUCAGUCAUUAAAGGAGUUCUCACAGCUCCUGAGCACCAUGGAGGAGGAGAGGAAACGACUGAUCCAGAACGCGGACGACGUCCUGAUCUCGCCGCUCGAAAGGUUUCGUAAAGAACAGAUUGGAGCUGUGAAGGAGGGAAAGAAGCAGUUUGACAAGGAGACAGAAAGAUAUUACUCAAUCCUGGAGAAACAUCUCAGCCUCUCCUCCAAAAAGAAGGAGUCACAGCUGCACGAGGCUGACUCACAGAUGAGUAAAGACAGACAGGUGUUCUACGACGCAUCGCUGCAGUACGUCUUCAAGAUCCAAGAAGUGCAGGAGAGGAAGAAGUUUGAAUUUGUAGAACCGCUGCUGGCUUUCCUGCAGGGUUUGUUUACCUUCUACCACGAGGGCUACGAGCUGGCCACAGAGUUUGAACCAUACAAGCAGCAGCUUCAGUUCAACCUGCAGAAUGCUCGCAACAACUUUGAAAGUACGCGAGCUGAGGUUGAGCGUCUGAUGAAGAGGAUUCGAUCGGCAGAAGAAGACUUCAAAGCCCCGAGCUGCUUCACCAUGGAGGGAUAUCUGUAUAUACAGGAGAAACGUCCACUGGGCAGCGUGUGGACGCGUUACUACUGUACGUAUGAGAAAAGCUCCAAGAUGUUCACCAUGAGUAACACAGAAGUGAGACAGGCCAGCAGACAGAACGGCCUUGUGAACACAGCUCCUGACAUGUUCAGACUGCGCUCGUGUGUCAGAAGAAAGACUGAUUCCAUCGACAAGCGAUUCUGCUUCGACAUCGAGGUGGUGGAGAGACACGGUGUCAUCACUCUACAAGCUCAGUCUGAGGCAAACAGGCGGCUGUGGAUGGAGGCGAUGGAUGGAAAGGAACCUAUCUACACUCUUCCUUCUUUACUGAGCAGAAAGGAGGAGACAUUUCUUAAUGAAGCUGGUUUCACCUUCGUAAAGAAGUGCAUUGAGCUGGUGGAGAACAGAGGCCUCACCACGCUGGGACUUUACAGGACGGGAGGAGUGAACUCUAAAGUGCAGCGGCUGAUGACGAGCGUGUUUGCGUCCACAGCUCCUGCUGACGUCCAGCUGGACGCGGACGCCUGGGACAACAAGACCAUCACCAGUGGACUGAAGAAUUAUUUCAGGUGUCUGGCAGAACCAGUGCUGACCUACAGACUUCACAAAGAGUUCAUCAAAGCUGCGAGAUACGACGAGCACAAGCACAGAGUGAGAGCCGUUCACGCGCUGGUUCACAAACUGCCAGAGAAAAACCGAGCGAUGUUGGACGUCCUCAGCCGUCACCUCCUCCAAGUUUCCUCUCACAGUGAGCAGAACCUGAUGACCGUGUCAAACCUCGCCAUGAUCUUUGGUCCCACACUGAUGAGGUCACAGGAAGAGACGGUGGCCGCCAUGAUGAACAUCAAGUUCCAGAACAUCGUGGUGGAAAUUAUUAUUGAAAACCACGACAAGAUCUUCAGUGAAGCUCCGGACGCGUCGCUGCCGUUACCUCAGGCUCCGUCGUCACGAGCGACUCCUCGCAGGAGCAAAGCCAUCUGUCUGUCCUCAGGGAAGAGGAAAGCUCGUCUGUAUCCUCCGGCUCUGUGCCUCGCCGACAACGACAGCGACACAUUCAGUAGCAGCCCAAGCACAACUCCAAUGGGCAGCCGCGAGUCUCUGUCCUCUCACUCGUCAGAGAAGAACGGAUUGUCUCAAACGUCUCCUCCAUCGUCUCCUGCUGCUGAGCCCAGCUCACCCUCCACAGCUCCUGCUUUUCCUCCUGCAGCCUCCUCCUCCUCCUCCUCCUGCUCCCACUCUGUGAAGGAGAAGGAUCAGAAACAGCGAGCAGACGUUUCUGCCUCUCCUCGUCUCAAUCCUUCCUCUUCCUCCGUGUCCUCCGUGUCCUCUGUGUCCUCUUUACGCAAAGAAAACUCCACUGCCUCCUUAUUGUCGGUUGAAGAGCCAAGAUCUCCGUCCAGAGCGUCCACGUCCACCACCUCUACCCAGCAUGCAUCAGUGGGGCAGGCGUCGUCUCUCAGGAGCGUUCAGUCCAGCGGUGUCUCCACAGUCACAGACUCCACCUCGCCCUCGCGGCAGCGCAGGCCUUACAGGAGCGCCUCCUCCUCCUCGUCCUCCUCCUCUUCAUUGUUUCCGUACCAGAUCUCCACGUCGUCCUCGCUCACCUCCCUUCACAUCUCUGAGGAUUACCGGAGUUGUCAUGGAUCGGUUCAGAGUCUGAUGUCUCUGGAUCCCCACGCACACACACACACACACACACGCAAAGCUUCACACGUGCGCCGUGGCUCUGACGUGACUGCCAAACACUCAGCAGCCACAAGCAAUGGAUACCAGAGACCUGGAUCAGUAUUAUCGGUGACUGGAGCGCAGAGGGAGAGUUCAGUCUUCUCCUCAGCGUUAGACAUUUGCUCCUCAGGACGUGAGGCAAAGGCUCUUUAUUCAUGUGAGGCAGAGCACAGCCAUGAGCUCAGCUUUCCACAGGGGGCGCUGUUCACAAAUGUUUACCCGUCUGUGGAGCCCGGCUGGCUUCAGGCCACGUACAGCGGUAAAACCGGCCUCGUACCUGAAAACUACAUCAGCUACUGAUGACAUCAUCAGCUACACCUGAUGACAUCAUCAGCUACACCUGAUGACAUCAUCAGCUACACCUGAUGACAUCAUGAUGAGAGUGAGGAUCAGACGUAGAUGUUAGGAUGUAACUUGUAUAACAUUAACUCAGUGCUGCUGAUCAUAGACGUAAUAUAUUUAACCUGUGAUUGAACAGUUAGUACGUCAGACACUGUGAUGAUCCUGUGAUGAUCAUGUGAUGAUCCUGUGAUUAUCAUGUGAUGAUCCUGUGAUGAUCAUGUGAUGAUCCUGUGAUUAUCAUGUGAUGAUCCUGUGAUUAUCAUGUGAUGAUCAUGUGAUGAUCCUGUGAUUAUCAUGGGAUUAUCAUGUGAUGAUCCUGUGAUGAUCAUGUGAUGAUCCUGUGAUGAUCCUGUGAUUAUCAUGUGAUUAUCAUGUGAUGAUCAUGUGAUGAUCCUGUGAUUAUCAUGUGAUUAUCAUGUGAUUAUCCUGUGAUGAUCAUGUGAUGAUCCUGUGAUUAUCAUGUGAUGAUCCUGUGAUUAUCAUGUGAUUAUCAUGUGAUGAUCAUGUGAUGAUCCUGUGAUUAUCAUGGGAUUAUCAUGUGAUGAUCCUGUGAUGAUCAUGUGAUGAUCCUGUGAUGAUCAUGUGAUGAUCCUGUGAUUAUCAUGUGAUGAUCCUGUGAUGAUCCUGUGAUUAUCAUGUGAUUAUCAUGUGAUGAUCAUGUGAUGAUCCUGUGAUUAUCAUGUGAUUAUCCUGUGAUGAUCAUGUGAUUAUCCUGUGAUGAUCAUGUGAUUAUCAUGUGAUGAUCAUGUGAUGAUCCUGUGAUGAUCAAGUGAUUAUCAUGUGACGAUCAUGUGAUGAUCUUAACCAUGUCAUGUGUUAUUAAGCUCCUCUUUAGUGUCUUAUGUUCUGACACGCGUGUGUUCGGUCCAUGUGAACAUACAUGUGUGUGUACACGUGACUCAUGUGAACAGUGAUCGUUUAUGUGUGUAAUGAGCAGUUUCAACAUCACUGCCUUGUUUUCUGAAUAAAAGACUAUUUUCUUA